UCUCUAAAGACCAUUCAUGUCAAACGCAGGCAAUCUAGGAGCCGGAUACCGACAUUAUGCAUUAUGUGCGGCAACAUUCCAUUUGCUAUAAUAAAAGUCCGAUAUAGCAAACCUGUCCACAAGACGAAAACAUAUAAAGAUGCAUAGCACCUUCUUUUCAUCUUUUCAAAUAGACCAGAGGGGCUAUCAAGUUAAAUUUUGAAUGUAUACAGUGCCGCAAGGAGAGGUAUUUUCUAUACCAUGGAGCACAUACUGAACGAGUUACAGACUAUGCGUGUCUGGUGCCAGACUCACAAGUCGUACAUAAUGCAGGACAUAGAGGACAAGCAACUGAGCGAUGUAGUCCUGUUUGCAAUUCCUUUCAACAACAGUGCUGCCCAUCCACGGGGGGCAGUAUUAACAGACCUGGCUGUCCGCAUGGAAGGAGUUUUGAGAGUCCGUGCUGCAUACAAAUGCAACAGGUUUCUUCCGAUGAGCGAUGAGGACCCGAUUAUAAAGGUACAAGCUGCGAAUAGCCAGGAACUUAAGAGAGCAUGCGGCUAUAAGCGUAUGCACGGGAGAUAUCUUGAAGAAUAUACAAAGUGCUGUCAGUCUCCGGAGGUGCUUGAAGACGAUGCCCGCAAGUUGGCGAUGGAUUGGUUGGAGGAGAAUAUGGGUUAUCUUGGCAGGCUUCUUUUGAAGCUUGGGACUCAUGGGGCUUAUUUUGGGGAUGCUCACUAGUUGUCCAGCUGAUGUGUAGUUGGGGAAUUUUCAAUGGGACA